AUGACAAACGAUGAAUAUACAACAAUAACAAUUGAGAAAGAUAAUGAUGCAGAGACAAAUAAGAAAGUAAAGUCUAUGGGAUCAGAAAGUGGUGAUAAUAGUGAUGUAGAAGUAGUGACAAUUGAGGGAGAAAAGUCUAUGGAAUCAGAAACAGAUCUCGAUCUCAAUGAAGAAAGUCCUUCAGACCCAUCAACAAGAAGAACUACAAUGUUUCAAAAUGCAAUGAAUGCAGUCGCCACAAGCAGUAAAGGGAAAGAAUGUGCUGAUUUGAUUGUGGACGCGAAUUUGGAUGAAGGGGAAGGAGGGGUUGAAAGUGAAGAGGGUUUUAUUUAUGAGGAGUCUUAA